AUGCAAAUAGAUUCAAGAAAGGGAUAAAACAAGUAAAAAUUUAUCUUUUAUAAGUUAAAAAGAAACUUACCUUAACUUUAGUAAUAGCCUAACAUAAAGUUUCGAUUCAUUCUAAUAGGCCACUACAAUCCUAUUAUCUAAAAAAGUUGAAAAAAUUAAACUCCUAUAUUCUUUAAUUAUAAAUUAAUUAGCAGCCAUAUUUAUAACAUUUAUUUUAGUAUACAGAAACUACUACUCUGAAGAAAUUUUUCAUUUUUUUACUUUUUUAGCAAUCUUGCUAUUCUCAAUAUUUGGAUGUACUUUAUAUUAAUUAAAAUUAAUUUUUGAUGCUGAAUAGAGAUUUAAAAAUAAUUCUUAGGAAUAUGAAUUAAAUUAGAAGAUCUAUGAAUGCACUAUUAAAUUUGUUUAUUUCUUUACCAAUCAAAAAAGUUUUACUACUAUUAAAAUGAUAUAUAUAUAUAAUUCAAUAGCAAUUUUACUUUUGUUGUAAAAAUUUUGCAUGAUUUAUUAAUAAGAUAACUUACAGAACUAAAAAAAUAUAGGGAUAUCACAUUUAAUACUUUAAAUGAUUGAUUAUCCACUACUCAGCGCUUUAUAUAUAUUAAGUUCGAUAAUAGCUUUUACUUUCAUAUUUUUUGAAAUUUUAAAAUUAAUUUAUUUUUUUAUCUUAGUUUAUAAUGAUAGUUCCAAUUUCAAUGAUUAGUACAGAAAUUCAAAUCUAAGUAUUUAUAUUAAAAAUAAUAAAUUUAGAAACUUCAAAUACAAUAGCCAAAGCUAAGAAAUUUUGCUUAUUAUCAAUUUUUUAUUAUCUAAACAAAUUGGUAUUUUUAUUUAUGAUGAUAAAUUCUACUCCAAAUUACACUUCUUAAAUUUUAAUUGGAUCAAAUAUAUUUUAUCAUUUGCUUAUGGUUCUAUUUGAGCUAUUCUUGUUUUCAUAAAUUUUUAAUAUUGAUUCAACAAUAAGAGAUACACAAACUCCUAUACAAAAUAAUAUAUACUUUGAUGAUCAUGUAAUUUUUAUUAAUUCAUUGUUAAGAAUCAAAAAUUUAAGAAAUAAACUAUUUCAAUUUUUUCUUGUAAUAAGUGUAAUUUUUACAAUUCAUGGGUGUAUUAUUUUCAAUAGUAGUAGAAUUAAUGGGAUAUAUAGUAGUUUUUUAUAUAAUACCUUUAUUUGGUUUGAUUGUGGUAUAUUUUAGUUAAUUAUUCUUGUGAAUCUGAUUUUUAAAUUUAUUAUUAUACAAUUUUUUCAAAAUUAAAGUUUUAAAGAUUAUUUUGAAAAUUAAGUAUAUGUUUUACAGGAUCAAUAAUUUAUCUCAACAGAUUAAUAAUCAAUUUAAAUAUCCCAUUUACAAUCCCCAAUUUCUAUUAAUCUGAUUGAAAAUAACUGUAGAAUUAAGGAAGAGAAUAAAAAUAGAAAUGACAUAAACUAAUUUCCUUAACGAAUCUUAGAAAUUAUUUAAUUCACAGUGGGAACUUGUAAAAUAUAACUAUUGAUUGUAUAAUUUGUUUAGAAUAAAUUACUCAUGGUUAAAACUCUAUAGUUUAAUUAAAAUGUCAUAGUUCACAUAUUUUCCAUGAAAAAUGCAUAAAAGAUUGGCUAAAAUAAAAUAAUAAGUGUCCACUUUGUAACUCAAUAUUUUUAAUAUAAUGAAAAUAUGAUUUCUUAUAAAUUUUAUAGAAUAUUUAUUAUUUUAAUAAUUACAUAAUUAAAUUUUUCAAUUUGA